GAAUUAAUUAGUCUUCUGUUGUCUUGUAGAUUGGUGAAGAUCUAUGAUAAACAUUGUUGAAAAGUAGAGUUCUCUGAAUUAAAUUGGAGAUGUCCUUAUUUGUGGGAAAUAUUUCGUCCCAUGUUCAUCAUAGUGAGCUUGAGCGUGUGUUUCGGAGGUUUGGCCGAAGCAAGCUAGAGCUGAAGGAUGGAUAUGGCUUUGUUGUUUAUGAUGCUGUUAGAGAUGCUGAGAAAGCUCUCAGGGCAUUGAAAGGAAGGAUUAUCUGUGGGGAACAUCUUUCUAUCACAUGGUCAAGAAAACAAAGACCUCUAAGAAGGGUUUCUGGUAAAGAAUUUCAAAGAAGUGGCUAUGUUAACAAGUUCUACAGGAAAGAAAAAGAUAUAAAGGGCAAAUCCUUUGAAGAAUGGGAAGAGAAUACAAAGGACAUACAGAAACAUGCAGGUGAGGAGGAAGCUAUAAAUAACGAAAGUUUUCUAUGUAAAGAUGGAAGAGAUGAUGGAGUGGAAAAUGAUAUUUUUGGGGGAAAAAGGAAGCACCAAAAUUUGAAAGAAGCAUUGUUGGAUGACAGAUGUGCGGUGGAGCCCAUUCCUUUGGAAAAUGACCGUUGGGGAGAGCCUCUCAGUGGUGCAUCAAAUGAAUAUGACAUGGUUGAAGAAGCAACCAACUUGCAGAAUUAUGACCCUUAUUCUGAUAAUAGAAAUGAAGGAGAUGUACGUGGAAGUGAAAAAUGCCAAAAACUUAAAUCUACUGAUUCUUAUGCUGCAAACAGUUCUCCAGAAAGAGUUUCAAAGCACUGUUCAAAAGAUGAAAUUCAGAUGGAGUACAGGGGUUUUGGGAGGUCUUCAGAAAGGUGUUUCAAAUGUCGUCGAGCAGGUCAUGUCAUGUGCGACUGUCGUUCUAAAACAGCUUUAUCUAGAAGGGCUAAGUUCAAAAGUGUUAAUCCUAAACAAAAGACGGAAAGGAAUUUCAGAGGUAAUGAUUUUAUGAGGUUUAAAGGUCCAAGACAAACUAAUUGGUCAAGACGGGAUUUUUCCAGAGACAAUAUGCUGCAGAGGAAGGAUUUUGGUAGUGAUAGAAUUAUGGGACAUGGGAGCAGAAGGUUUCAUCACAAAACUGAGAGGUUUUCAGGAAACAGACAGAAACAUUCAAGACAUCUGUCUGAUUAUAGAAAAGAAGAUCAGACAAUAAAAAAGACUGGAAAGGGGGAUAAUAAACUUAGGACAGAUUCUAUUUCACAGCCAACAGGAGUAAGAGACAAGUCUCAAUCCUCCUUUCUACAUUCUGAGAGCCGGCAUGAGACUCGUUCUAAUUCAUCUAUUUCUUGUUCACAGUCAAGUUUUUCCAAAUCAUACUCUUCAAAGUCAGACUCUCAUUUGGCUAGUUCUCCUCAUUCUCAUUCUCCUUUGUCUCACUCAGAUUCUAGGUCCUUGAGAUCACAUUCAGUGUCUUCUAAGGCAAGGUCUCAAUCGAUCUCUGACCGCUCUAUGUCUAGAAAGCCCAUAGUUAAAUCAAGGUCACCUUCUGCAACUAUGCAAUCUUUGUCAGUAUCUCUAUCUCCUUGUAUUCGAAAAUCAUCCAUUCCAACUCAGGUGGGUCAUGUUUUGUCUGGAUCAUUUGAUGCUAGUAAUGCAAUGCAGUCCUUGAAGAAUGCUUUGCCUUUUGAUUCUCACAGUGCUUUAUCUGAGAAAACAAGAGAGAAGAGUACUGCCAAUGCAAAUUUGGAAGGAGAUCAUCUGAGAUUAGCAGUGAAAAUAGACAAUGAUUUGCGUGUAAGAAUAGUUCAGGAUGAAGAAAAAGAACAGCAAGGUACGAACACUAAAGAUACAUGGAUUUUAAAUCCUUCCGAAAGUGGGGGAAAGAGAGAGACUGCAUUUAUUUACAGAGAGAAAUCUCAUUCAGAUGAGACAACUGAUAAGCACAAUAUCUCAGAAGGUGGCAUAAUGAAAAACGAGAAGUCAAAGAGUUCUGUACUAGAGAUUGUAGAACUUCCCGCUGACACAACUACAGAGCCAGUUGUGGACAACUCAAGGACAGUACAUGAGAAAGGAAUCAAUGACCCUAUGCUUAGUAAAGUGAAUGUUAAAGAUGUUGCACAUAUCUCAUUACAGGAAGCAAAAUUGAUCAUUAAUUACUCCAAAAAAUUACCCAUCGAAGAAACUGAACAUGGAUCAUCAGUAGAAUCAUACUUUGGUGCGGCACGCCUCUGGCCCUUAGAACUUAUUCACUAUCGAAGGUUGAAGAGAGGAGCUAUAUCUACAGAAAACUAUGCGAGAAGGAUGGCUCAAAAUGAAAUGUUUGGUAUUGUUGACAAAUAUGUCCGAAGCAGUAGUGGUUGGUGGGAAAGUGAAUCCCAUGAAAUUUGAUUCAAGGUAAAUGUCAUGUAACUUCAAAAGUCCUUGUGUGAGCACUUUAGGUAUGCUCUUUCAUUGGUAGCUUGAUCGAGGAUUUCUGGCAAUGGUUGACACGUGUUCUUCCCUCAGAUGGUGUAUAAUUAUGAAUGUUCCUGUGUACAGGUCUAAUUCACUUAGUAAUCAUCAUAUUUGACGCUAGAUAAAUAUACAUAGUUUUCUGAAAUGAAGUGCAAGCUUGGUAUGUAUUUUGAACUAAUGCCUAGCUUAUCUAAUAGCAUUAAUAUUUUGUUAGGAAUUAAUGCUCAAGCUAGUUGUAAUAUUUAUAAUAAGUUUUUCCUUGGUUUUGAAGUAAUCUAGGUUGAUGUUUUUUUUUUUUUUGUUCUUUUGAGGUUGAUGCUUCCGAGAAUAGGAUUCCCAAUCAGAAGUACUUCUGUGGAGUAUGUUUCUUAAUGUUAUCAGAUUGUAGAGGUGAUAUCUUGAAAUGGCCAAACGCCCUCGAGCAUCUUUGCCCUAUGUAAAGGCAGAAUUUUUUUGGCUGUCAGCAAUGUCUUUGCAAUCAAGGGAUUAAAUUGGAACAUUUCAAUGGACAUCUGGGAAAUGUGAAAUGUCUUUGAAGAA